AUGCACCGCAUUUCCUCGCUACUUCGGGUAAAAGUCCGCAAACCGAUCGACGCCACGAAGCUUUUCGGUGCCGGUCGGAAUCGAAACGCGCAACAGCGGAAAGUUUACCAACAACUCAAAUACACCACCCUUCAAUCCGCCUUUCCUCACAUCGCGGCGUGUUGGGUGGGGCCGUGUUGGGGAACGGUGAUGCAGACGCCGAGUAAUAUCUCCCCGGUGUGCAUUCGAAUGGCGGUCUGGCGUUGCUCGCAGUGUUUAAAAGAAUUUGAAAUGUCGAUCGCGAAGUUUAUUGACGGCGGUGGUAUCUGCCCGAUUUGCCAUCGCGCGCAAAAAAACCUUCCAAAUGCCCCAAGCACGGGGAAAAAUGGCGAUUCCACCGCAACCCCCGCGUUGCAAUACGCCAAAGCCCCCCGGAUGAUUCAUUCGAACUACAAAUCGGUGCUGAACGACAACCCCGAGUGGGAGCAUCGCAAUAUCCAGCCGAUGCUCGCGCAGCGAUGGGAGUUGGUGGAGAAUCAGCUCCUUUCCAAAAGCGAGGAAGACGAGGAACAGCUUUUGCUCGCGUCGCCCAAAAUCGACGGCAUCCGCUGCCUCGUCGGCUAUAACAAACUCAAAGAUGCGGUGCAGUUCUUCUCGCGUGGGGGGAUUUUGCUGGAGUGCUGCCAUGGCCUUUCGCCACAGAUGCGGCCGCUCUUCCGCGCCGAUCCGACGUUGAUGCUCGACGGUGAACUUUUCGCCCCGGAGUGCAACUUUGAGCAGCUCAACGGGCUCGUUCGGCGGCGAUUGCGAACCUCCACGCCGGCGAUUCACGCCGCGCAGCGGAGGCUGCUGGAGUACUUCGCGUUUGAUAUCAUGUACAGCAAGCAGCUCUCGCCGGAGGCACCGUUUAGCACGCGGUAUGAACUUCUGAAACAAAUCAUCCCCGUCUGUGGGGCGAAACGCAUCAGCAAUUAUCAGCACGACGAAAAACGGAAAAAAAUGAUCCGCGGUCGUCUCCCGACGGCGGGGGAAAAGGGAAAAGACGAUGGAGAAGGGGAAACCACGGCGGAAGGGGAACGGGUGCGGGUGUAUCACGUUCCUGCCGCGCGCGUGCGCCCGGCGGAGAUGCCGGACGUCCUGCGAGAGGCCUGCUCGCAAGGGUUUGAAGGGGUGAUGAUUCGCCGCCCGGAGUUCCCGUACGAACACGGCAAGCGCAGCUUCGGCCUGCUGAAGUACAAACAAAUGCACGACGCGGAGUUCAAGAUCGUCGGAUUUUUACCCGGGGAAGGGAAGUUUAAAGGCGGCCUCGGCGCGUUUGUGUGCGAGACGAAGGAUGGGUAUCGAUUUAGCGCGCCGCCGAAGGUCUCCACGCAAGAAAGGCUCGCGUUGUGGAAGCGGCAGGAUGAGUUUCGCGGGAAAUAUCUCACGGUGCAGUAUCAAGAACUUUCCUCACAGGAUGUUCCGCGGUUUCCCAUCGCGAAGGUCGUCCGUGGGUCUGCGGAUCAGAGCGAUUGGUUAUAG